CGAAGUGGAUAGUUGUGUUUUAUUUUGAAUUAAAUUCCGUAACUUCCGAAAUGACAUGAGUUGAGUUAAAAGUUAACAAUUAAUGUGUUGUUGCCGUAUCAUGUAAAUAUUGAACAUCUCUGUGUUACUAGUGACAUUAUUUUUUGUGACUUUCUAUUAAAUAAUUAAUCCAUGAUGGAUGGAAACUCGAAAUAUUACGAGGGUUGCGGGCAGGAAGGGCCGAUCCGUUGUAUAUUUUUAUGUGAGUUUCAUCAUACUGCUGGACCCAGAAUAACUUGCCAAGUGCCGGAAAAUUAUAUUUCAAAAGACAUUUUUGACACAGUCAGUCAUUAUAUUAUACCAAAAGUGCAAUUACAAAGAUGUACAUUGACCGUGACUCUGCUCGGCUCAAAAAUAUUAGGUUUUCCUGUGAGGAUAGAUAACAAAAAGUAUGCCCGGAAUGCAUAUUACUUUAACCUGUGUUUCGUAUGUGAUGCUUGGGCUAGGACUGUUCACUUAGAACCAUUAGUGAAAAAACUCACAGAAUAUCUUUUGUCAAUGGAGUUAGAGACGGAGUGGUUAUCGAAACAGUCCAUGUCUGGUGACGCGAAGGCACUCAAUAGUCUGAUGCAGCAGGUGAUGCAGGACAUCAACAGCAGGAGAAUGUGCACGUUGACAGUGGGUACAACCACGACUCACUUGACGGUCGUGCGGGUGAACAGCGACCCAACACCCGUCAAAGAUCACCAGGUGCCCGUGUUCCUCUACAGCCGGCAGUCCUUUGUCGCUGAUCAGUGGGAUCUCACCACUAACCAGAUCUUGCCGUAUAUUGACGGCUUCAACCACGUGGCCAAGAUCGCUUCGCUGACCGACGUGGAGAUUAGCCUCGUGCGAGCCUGCGUCCAAAACCUGGUGUACUACGGCGUCGUCACGUUAGUGCCUAUCUUUCAAUAUUGUGCGGUAUACAGUGCAACGCCUAAACUCAGACAGCUAACACGGUGCGUGGGGUUGCAACGACAAUGUGUUGAAUUCUGUGCACGAUCACCUCGGCAGCUACCAAAAGUGAGUGAUUUGUUCCGCAUGUACGCGGGCAUGUCUUACGGCAGUACAGUCCGCGACCUUUGCCGACGGAUGCGUCCCCAGGAGCUCGCUAUUAACGAGAGGAAACUUGUGCUCUUUGGUGUACUCGAGGGGCUUAUACGUAGGGUAUAUAAGUUUCCAGUGACUCUCCACAACGACAACGCAUCUUUACGCAGCGAACACAGCCAAUGCAUCGCGCGCACCUACAAUGGUUUGGUCUGCCUCGAUGAACUCUGCUGCCAGGGAGGCCUGACCGCCUCACAGCUGGAGGAACAGCUGGAGAGAGACAGCGACGUCAUCUUCAUCGUCAAGUGACAUCCACUCGAGUCGCGAACCUCCUGCGUCCCAGCUGGAGUAUUCCAUCUUUAAUAUUAUAUUAAUUAAUAAUAAUAUUGUCAUCAUAAAUGGACUGUCACUGUUAUUAUUGGAUAAUUUUAUGCGUUGAUAUAAUUUAUAGUUCAUAAUCAAAGUACUGAAUAAUUAUAACAUUUUCUGAACUAACUAAAAUUAUAAAUAAUGCAAUAUAAUUAUUUUGUUGGUCAAA